AUGUCCCGAUACCAGUUCAGCAAGUUGGUGAUGGAGAAAUGUCUCCGCCGUUCCUUCUACGAUGCUGUGUUGGAACUUUAUGAAACAGUGCAGGGGACGCGCAUCAUUUCUGUGAGUCUGGAGGGCAACCUGUCACUUGUUGUCAACAAAGAUGAAAAGUUCAUCAUCAAACUCAAUGAGAUUGCUCAGAGAGCAGACGACAGGGAAGACCACCAGCCAGGGAUCAAGGCUGCCACUGAGAUGAAAGUCGAGGGCGGAGUCAGUAAAUAUAUUGUGAAAGAGGAGGAGUUUCUUUCAAGUACAUCCAAUCUUGUGAAUGAAGGUAUUCGUCCCGGUAAUACUUUAAAACAUCAUGAAAAAUUUGCUGUUGAGGCUAAUGUUGAAACUGGCAAGGCUUACUUCAACGAGCCGAAGUACAAGUUUGGAGACAGUGAUGCGGACAGUGACUCAGAGGAGGAUGCUGAUUCUGAUCUGAGUACUGUUUUCCAGACAGUAGUUGCUUCCAGUGAAACUCACACCUUAACCUCCAACAAAGUGGAGGCUGAACAGGCUAGUGUAGAUGAUAUCUGUUUCCUGCCUGUAGGAAAAGUUGAUGCUUUCAAACGAAAGUAUGAUUACAUCCAUGACCAACUAGAGUCGAGCGAAAGAAAGUCUUCCAAAAAGAGUGCAAGGGUGUCUCAUGCUGACAGAAGUGACCAGGAAAACAGAGCUGAGGAUGGUGAAAGAACAGGAGGAAUCUCCAGUCUGCAUGUGGAUGAUGCCAGGCCCUGCAGUCCUCAACUACUUCCUCACACAGCUACAGGGCCGGUGAUCACAGAGGAAGACAGUGGUGGGUGUAAUGCUGGCUUGUCUGAAAGCCAGAUAGCCCAGCUGGCAGUUCUGCAGAUGAGAGAGCCCAUGUUCCGGCAGCAGGAUCUGGAGGAACUGGCUAGACAGCAACAGCAGUGGCAGAUGGUUGCCUACCAGCGAAGUUUCUUGGAGAACUCCUACCUUCAGCAGUAUCAAAGAGACACUGGUCGGCUGAGGUGGGAUUAUUCUGCUCAGAACAAAGAAAGUACACCACAUUUAGAUGAUGCAGAGAAAAUAUUCAGAGAAAUGCAGAGUCCGACUACUACCACUGAGGCAGUAAUGUUGACGGCAACAGCCACCCAUGAACAGACUAGAAAGUUGGCCAGAGAAGAGAGCGAUGAGGCUGGUGGGAUUAUAGACGCAGGUAGACUGUCCUCUCAGCACCUGCGUUUCCUAGCAGAGGAGCAACAUAUCAUUAGUCAGUUGAAUGCUGAAUAUGAAGAGGGAGAGCUCAGAACUGAGUCAUAUUUGUGCGUUCUUUGUGGAGUCAAGUAUUCAUCCAGCGAGCAUUUAUUGAGGCAUAUGGAAAAGCAUCGUGUGGACUUUGAGCGCUCAUGUUCUGUAUGUCAGUCUGGAACUCUGACAGGGAACAUGCUGAUACUUCACAUGGAGGCCUCACAUGGGCCAGAGACAAGUCUGCCACUUCCGGCUUCGGUACAGACAGCAUCCAGCGCUGCUGUUGGCUCUUCAGUUAUGUCUGCCACCGACCUCCAGCUGUCAUUUCCUUCAUCUUUACAUCUCGACUACAGUGACCAUAACCUUGAAGACACUGCAGUAAAGCAUCUGCCGCAGCAACAGUCUUCUGAACAAAUCGUGAACAAGGUGGAGGAGGCCGACGACCAAGUGAUCACCGACUGUGAUGUCAAGGACCUAUAUAAAAGUUUUCAUUAUGCUUUGGGCGCUUCAACUUCUAAAGUAGAAGAUGAUGCAAUAGAAGACUUGCAGCAGGAUAACUUUCUUGGAAUGCCUUCACAGUUCUGUUCUCUAAUUGGCUGUCAGGUUUGUGGGGAGAAGUUUGCACUUAGUGAUGCGCUGGAUGAGCAUGUGGCCACGCAGCAUCCGGAUACUUGCUGCAGUUACUCCUGCAAACCUUGUUCCUUGUCCUUCAGCACACACAUGGACUACAGCAAGCACAUGACUCGGCAUGAAGCCUCCUCCACCAGCCUCAAGUGCAGCCACUGCCUGAAAUCCUUCAAAUCUGUGAAGCAGCUGCGACUGCAUCACGUGACCGCUCACGCUUGCUGUCAUUUUUGUGAGUACUGUCGUGCAGGGUUCCCAGAUGCCAUGUCACUCCAGCUGCACGAACAGUUGCACACCCUGGAUCCUGACAAAUUGACAUUUCGUUGUGAUAUCUGCAACAAGGCUUUCUACACACAAUCUCAGUGCAGUGCACACAAGCGCACACACAAGGAUGAGAAGGCUCACGCCUGCGACGUUUGUGGCAGUGCAUUCUUCAAACGAGGCGAUCUCACCAAACAUGUUCGUAACUGUACAUUCUCCCAGCCGGCUGUUUUCUUGUAA